AUUAAAUUCUAUUUUAUAGAGCCACCACACAUCAGCAGAAAUCAGCAGUUGGAUUCUUCACCAUUAGUGACGGAGCAACUGAACGCAAACUUAUUGCCAGUUUUUCACAGCCCCUAGCUAGUUCCAAUGAAGAUGUAUAGUUUGGUCGGGCGUCACAAGGUCAGCGUGUACUUGUUAAUGUACACGAUCGUGCUCAUAACCAGUGGGGUGGACUGCAAAUCGAAGAACAAAAACAAACCCUCACAGAACACUCACUACAGCGACAGUGGAGGCGGAGGCGGCGUUGGGAGCAGCAGCAACAAUGAUGAUAAGCCGAAGGGCAAUGGCGACGGUGGUCAGCACUUUGCCAUGGAGCCUCAGGAUCAGACUGCAGUGGUAGGGUCACGCGUGACUCUGCCGUGUCGCGUGAUGGAGAAGGUCGGCGCACUGCAAUGGACCAAGGAUGACUUUGGUUUGGGUCAGCACCGGAAUCUGAGUGGGUUCGAGCGCUACUCGAUGGUGGGCAGUGACGAGGAGGGUGACUUCUCACUCGACAUUUACCCGGUGAUGCUCGACGAUGACGCCAAGUAUCAAUGUCAAGUGGGACCAGGACCACAAGGGGAACAAGGCAUACGCUCGAGAUUUGCCAAGCUUACGAUUCUCGUGCCGCCAGAAGCGCCUAAGAUUCUACAAGGUGACUAUCUGGUGACCACGGAGGAUCGAGAAAUUGAGCUGGAAUGCGUCUCGGAGGGUGGCAAGCCGGCGGCCGAAAUCACGUGGAUCGAUGGCCUGGGCAAUGUUCUAACCAAGGGCAUUGAGUACGUGAAAGAACCGUUAGCCGACUCACGCCGUGUCACGGCAAAAUCCAUCUUGAAGUUGGUCCCCAAAAAGGAGCACCACAACACGACCUUCACAUGCCAGGCGCAGAACACAGCCGAUCGCACCUAUCGUUCAGCCAAGCUGCUGCUCGAAGUGAAAUACGCACCCAAGGUCUCCGUCUCUGUGGUGGGCGGUGCCUUGGCCGGAGGUCGUAUACCCGAGGGCGCUGAAGUCAUACUUAGCUGUCAAGCAGAUGCAAAUCCGCGCGAGCUCAGUUAUCGCUGGUUCAUCAAUGACGAGCUAAUGACGGGCGAUUUUACCACCAAAAUGAUAAUUCAUAACGUAACGCGACAACAUCACGAUGCCAUAGUCAAGUGUGAGGUGGUCAACGCGGUGGGUAAAAGCGAGGAGACCGAAACACUGGACAUUAGCUUUGGACCUGUGUUUCGACAACGACCUGUGAGUGUGGAGGCUGAUCUGGGAGCUUCGGUGGCCAUGCGCUGUGAGGUAGAUGGCAACCCUACGCCCGAAAUCGAGUGGAUCAAUGAGAACUCAGAUAAGAUCGUUGGCAACUCACCCGAGCUCAAGUUGAAAGUAAGCACAGAAUCAGCAGGUCGCUACUUCUGCAAAGCCGUGGUGAAUGGCUUUCCCGAAAUCGGGGCUGAGGCUACCGUCUAUGUGAAACGAGCACCCAUCAUCACCUCCCAUAAGGUGCAGUUCGGCGCCGUUGGAAAUCGUGCCAAGAUCGACUGCCUGGCCUUCAGCAUACCAAAGGCUGAGCACAUUGUCUGGUCCUACGAGGGAAAGGUGAUCAACAUGAGCACCGCCGAUCCGGACCUAUAUAUUUUCGAAGAGCAUCAUUUGCCCGAGGGUGUGCGCGCUGCGCUGAUUAUCAAGGAGAGCCGAUCCAAUCAUUAUGGCAAAUAUAACUGCACUGUGGUCAAUUCGUACGGGAGUGAUUCGCUGCUUAUCACACUCGUUCCGGAGCCCGGUUCGAUCCCAGUCUUGAUCGUCGUCAUGGGCUCCAUGUCCUUGGUGGCUAUUGUUCUAAUGGUAGUUAUGACUGUGAUUGUCUAUAGAAAGCGUAGUCGCAAGAAGCCGAUGCCCGCGGAUGUCAUUCCAGAAGCAUCGCGUGGCGGCGACAAGCUCAACGAACUCAAGAGUGAAUUGCGCGCCAAAGCCUACGAUGUGGAAUACUCAGAGGCCGGCUCAGAUGGUCUGGCCAUCAAUCUGACUCACACACCCAUGCCGGAUGUGCAGAUAAAGGGCGCCACCCUUGGUGUUCCGCUGGCAGGGCCGGUUAAGUUCGACGAGCGAUUUUCGGGUGAUUUUAGCGAACGCUACAAUCGCCAAUGUUUUAACAAGAACAUCAAGAAUCAGCAGGAUACCUACAAGGAGACAACAGGCAACGGCUAUGCGCCUUUCUUUGAAUAUGCUCUAGACUACAGUCCCCCCGCGGACAACAGCAAGCCGAUGUCCAAGGCCUGCAUCAAUUCGGCCACACUGCCUCAUUAUGCAGUCAAUGCUACGACUACGUCAGCCGCCACAGCCGUAGGCAUGAGCAGCACCGGGGGCAGCGGCAACUCUACUGGCAACAUGAGUCUGCCGCGCAAUACUCGCAAUGAGCUGCAGCAGCAGCACCAACAACAGCAGCAUCAGCCACAGACCAAUGGCUUUUUGGGCCAACCACUGCUGCAGAAUGGCAUUGACAGCCGCUUCAGUGCUCAUUAUGGCAAUCCCUACCUACGCACCAGCUCAUCCAUUUUGCCACCGCUGCCGCCACCGAGCACAGCUAAUCCGGCAGCCACACCCGCACCACCGCCCUAUCAUGCCGCCCGGCAUGCCAACAGCAACGGCGGCCUAAAGCAUUUUGUGGCCGGGACCAGCAAUGCCAGCAGCUUGGUGGGCAGCAUUGGCGGAACUGCUGGCGGAGGCGCCGGCGGAGGCGGCGGUCCCGGCAGUGUCAGCGGCAGCAGCUCCAAUUUGACAGCCAGCAGUAACACCUUGGCGGCCACGCCCCUCACACAGCCAGCUGCACUAUGCGGACCGCUGGUCGGGGGAGCGGCGAGCACGCUGCCCACCACCAGUGCGCAGAGUCCCUCCGGGCAGUUCAUACUACCCACUAAUGGCAAGGGCGUUACGCAGAAGGGUGCGCUGGCCACGCAUGUCUAA